AUGCCAGUCGGAGUUCUCGUACGAUGGAACAACGAGAAGGGUUUCGGCUUCAUCCAGCCAGUUCAACCAGCAGCUGACAACGAGGAUGUCUUCUGCCACGUGUCCGACCUCCAAGAGGGUGAGGGCAGUGUAGUAGAGGGCGACACCGUGCUGUACACUGAAAAAUGGGACGACCGCAAGGGCAAAUACCGUGCCUCUGAAGUGGAGCUCAGUGCCCCGGGCGAACUCUCGGAGAUCAGUGCCGCCUCGAAGAGGAGAAGAGCUGCAGGAGGCGGGCGCGACAGAAGCAGGGAGAGAAGCCGUGAUCGUAGCCGUUCCCGAGGCCGAACUGGAGGCGACAGAGGGCCAAAGCCAAAGCCGAAGAGCAACGAGCCUGGCAAGGAAGUUGGCACAAUGGUCCGCUGGCACAGCGACAAGGGGUUCGGCUUCAUUAAGCCGGAUGACGGCGGAGAGGACUUGUUUGCCCACGUCUCCGCCUUGGCAGACGGAGACGGAAGCAUCCAAGAAGGAGACAAAGUCACGUAUGAUAAGGAAUACAACGAAAGGAAAGGAAAAGAUCAAGCCACCAACGUGAGGGCCGGCGCAGGCAGUGGGGGUGGUGGUGGUGACCGCGACAAGGAUCGCGAUCGCGAUCGUGAUCGACGAGACCGCGAUCGUCGGCGCAGAAGUGAAAGCCGCAGCCGUAGAGACC